AUUUUUCUGUGAUGGUUUCUAUUAUUUGUUUUUUUUUUUUCAGCAGGGUUAUGACUGUUUGGGCUAUUACUAAAUUAUGGUAUAAUACACGUGCAUCUCUUAUAAUCUUGCAACUGAUCUUGCAACAAUCUUCUUGUGUUAGCUGCAGUUUCUUUCCUCUUUAUUCUGCUUUCUGACAAAAAAAUAAAAAGUCACCCAGUAUUUUUGUUUAUGUUGUGCUGACACCUAGCGGCUAACAUGAAGCAUUAUUCAAAAGCAAAAAGUUGGUGAGAGUGGAGGAGAAUCUUAGCUGUUCCCAAAAGUAAUCCAGUAGGUGGCGGAAACGUACCUUCGACUGUUUUGUGUCCCGCAAUGAAACGUAGAAGAAGAUGAUGCUGGAGGAGCUGUGAAGAAGAUAUUUACUGUGCAGUGGUAACAAUCACAUCUUCAGUGACGUUUCUCUAACAAUUCACCAAUAAAUGCUGGAACAUUGAAGAUGAGCAUCCAGUCCACCAGGAAAAAAAUGAAAUCUGCAAAGACAGAGUUUAUUGAAGGACCAUGAGAACAUGAGAGAUCCAGAACCCUGCAGAAUGAAACACGCUGAAGAACAAACAGACCUGAUGGAAGUGAAAGAGGAAAGUCAAGAACUGCUUGAGGAGAAACAUAAUUUCAUACCCGGAGAAAAAUCAUUGAGUUGUUCACUGACUGAUAAUAAUAAUAAAUCCCAAAAACGAGAAAGAGCCAAAAAAGUUUUCAUCUGCCCUCAAUGUGCAAAGAGUUUCACGCAAAAAAUCGGCCUUGAGCGCCACAUGCUAAUUCACACCGGCGAGAAACCCUUCACUUGCUCUCAGUGUGGGAAGUGUUUCAGGUGUAAAAGGAACCUCGUGGAUCACAUAAGAGUUCAUACCGGAGAGAAACCGUUCACGUGCGACCAAUGCGGCAAGAGUUUCGCAUACAAAACAGGCCUGAACAGGCACAUAAGGAUUCAUACCGGAGAGAAGCCGUUCAUGUGUCCUCAAUGCGGAAGAGGUUUUGCACUCUCAGGAGCCAUUAGGAGGCACAUCAAAAUCCACAGCGGAGAAAAGCCGCACACAUGCGAUCACUGCGGAAAGAGUUUCACCUAUAAAGAAAACCUUAAGGAGCACAUGAGGAUCCACACCGGAGAGAGACCGUACAAUUGUGUCCAAUGUGGAAAGAGCUUCACGCAUAUUAGCAGUCUUAAAGAACAUCUUCACACUCACUCUGCUGUCAGGCCGUUUAACUGCGACCAAUGCGGUAAAACGUUUCUUUCAUCAUCCAUACUAAAGAGACACUUGCAAGUUCACAUGCAGGAGAAGCCAUACUUGUGUUCUCUGUGUGGAAAGAGUUUUGCACGACUGGAUGGUUUUAAAGAGCAUCAGAAGAUACACACCGGUGUGAGAACUCAUGUGUGUUUUGAGUGCGGGAAUGGGUUUAUAUCAGUCACGCACUUGAAACUGCACCAGAGGAUUCACACUGGAGAGAAACCGUACAAGUGUUCGCACUGCCACAAGAGGUUCUCUCGCUCAGGAACCCUGAAAGCGCAUGAGAGGAUUCACACCGGAGAGAAACCAUAUCACUGCACUGCGUGUGGGAAGAGUUUCAACCAAUCAAAUCAGCUGCUGAGUCAUAAGAAGAAACAUCACUCUGUGUUGUCACAAUAAGCUUUUUAUCUUCAGAAACCAGGACUUUCUAAGAGAUGUGUGUGUGUAGAAAACAAAAGUUUGGGGUCAGCAAUUUUUUUCUUGAAAGAAAGCGAUAUUGAGCAGCAAAAUCAGAAUGAUUUCUGAAGGAUCAUGUGACCCUGAAGACUGGAGUAAUGAUGCUGAAAAUUCAGCUUUGAUCAGUAAUAAAUCACAGUUUACAAUAUAUUCAACAGCUAUUUUAAAUAGUAAUAAAAUUUCAAAAUAUAGUUUUUACUGUAAUUUUCUCAAAUAAAUGCUACCUUUGUGAGCAGAAGAAACUUAAUUUAAAACCAUUAAACAAUCUUAAUUAUUCCAGACUUUGAAAUGGUAGUGUUAGUAUUUUAAAUACCUUACAAACAGGUACAUACAUGCCUCAUUAAAAAUGUUUUGCACAUGAACAAAUAAAAAGUAACUACUUUUUAAAAAAUCUGUUGUUUUACUCUACAUGAAACAGAAAUGAUAAGAUCAUACAAACAGCGGAAUACUGCUCACUUUACAGAAUUGCUUUUCCUGUCAUUUUUGCAAAUUUCAAUAUCUGGCAAAUAUGUGUUUUUUCAAUAUGUAAUAAAAGUAAACAUGUUAACGAAGCGUUGGCUAAUGCUAACGGAAAGGAGACCAGAGGUGGUUUUUGUUUGUUUGUUUGUUUAUUCUUUAAUGGAUGUCAAUGGAGGAGAGGCUUCAAUAUGCUGAAUAAAAAGCUUUUUAGAGGAAACAGCUUAUCAUUUAAUGAAUCGACAGCCUAUUGGCUAAUCUUCAAUGUUUUACUGUUUUAUAAGACAAAUCGCUGACUUUUUAUAGGACUCCGCUUACAGCUCUUCCCAUUCAUUCCUAUGGUAUCCGUAAACGGUGAUUGAGUGUCGCACAACUCUGACUGAAAUUCAGUGACGUCAAGGUUGUAAUGUGAUUUAUUUUUAAGGCACACGUGAUUCAAGUUAGCCGUUACACUUUCUCCAAUAGUAAUAAUACAGACCCUCUCAUCUCCCUGUAGUAAGACAAUCUCUGGCAUCAAUUUUUAUGUUAUGAGAGAUCAGAGAUCAAAGUCAAGUCUCGAGUAACUCCACAUAAUGAUUAUAUUGCAUCGUUACACCAGUAGGUGGCAACGAGGGACUUAAAAAAUUUAUUUGUCAUAGAAGCAUUCAUUCAUUCAAGAUAUUUGUACAAAAAUGGGAGAUUCAUCCAGUAAUGAAACUAGCUGUAUGUACCAGAAAUCACACAAAGGUUUUGCAUGUUUUACUCCUAUAUAACAACCACAAUUUUUUCUUUUGAUUUUCAAGGAACUAAUUAUUUCAUAAAGGAGAUUAAAAAUAAUGACAUACUUGCAUAUUUCACAAGGAACUGUCUUUUUUUCUUUUCUUUUUUUUUUUUGUAUUACUGAAAUUAAUGAAGCAAUAUAAUGCAUUAUCUCUGUAAUUGAAUAGGGUACCUUAAACUGUAUUUUACUUGUUUAUUUUGUGAUGUUCUUUUGUUUCAUUUUCUUUGUCUUGUUUUAUUGUGCUUGAUCUAUUGUCUAUUAAAAUCAGGUUCAUUUCCGUGUGCGUAUAUACUAUUGUUAAAAAGUUUGUGGUCAGUACUUAUCUUGAAAGAAAGUGAUAUUAAAAUAGUUUCUUGAGCAGCAAAUCGGCAUUAGAAUGAUUUCUGAAGGAUCAAGUGACACUGAAGACUGCGAUAGAUAGAUAGAUAGAUAGAUAGAUAGAUAGAUAGAUAGAUAGAUAGGAUAACAGUAUGUUUUCUGCACACUCUACAAACAAAACACAAUUCACAAUAGACAUAGACACAGUAAAUACAAUAGAGAGAAAAAAAUACACUUUACGUGUACUUUAUUCAGCUCUAGGACAGCCUGAUGUACUAAAGAUUGUUUUAGUUUUAGUUUCACUCGAUUAAAUUACUGGAGUAAUGAUGCUGAAAAUUCAGCUUUGAU